UUCCCUUUGAAUGACACAUUGUCAUACGGUGUCGGGUGUUUUAUGGGCUUUAGAACACAGUGACAUUUGCUUGACUCACUUCAUCGGUCUUCCUGUUUGUGAGACGAAACUAUUAUCGGCCUACAAACUUACCAACAUUAAGACUGUGAACACUUUAAAUUGCAAAGACUCAAUCAACAGUGGCUAAGGAGAAACAAUGGCAGAUUUUUUUACAUUCAGAGCAGAAUUUCAGAAAAGAGCAAAUCCUGAAAAUCCUCUGAAUGACUAUAACAUGCAGACAUUACUGGGCAGAGGAGCUUCGGGCAAAGUCUACAAGGCUGUCCAUAAGCAGAACCAGCAGGAGGUGGCUAUCAAAAUCAUGGAUCUCCAUCAGCACAGGAAGAAAGAGCUGAUUGUGGCAGAGAUUGAUACCCUCAAACUGAACAGACAUGAGAAUAUUGUCAGCUUUCUGGAUUGUUACUGCCCUGGCCAUGAGCUCUGGGUUGUGAUGGAGUAUUUGGAUGGUGGCUGUAUGACAGACCUCGUUAGAUUUGUCAUAUUGAAUGAAGCACAGAUGGCCGCCGUGUGUCGUGAGUGUCUCAAGGCCAUCGAGUUUCUUCACAGUCGAAACAUCAUCCACCGUGACAUUAAGAGCGACAAUGUUCUGCUGGGGACCCGAGGUCAGAUCAAACUGACCGACUUUGGAUUCUGUGCCAGGCUAACUUCACAAGUCAACCAAAGAAGGACUCAAUUAGGCACCCCCUGCUGGAUGGCACCGGAAGUUAUUAAGAGAAAACCUUACAAAAAUGAAAUUGAUAUUUGGAGCUUUGGUAUCAUGGUGAUUGAGAUGGUGGAUGGUGUUCCACCGUACUUAAUGGAGAACUGCCACAAAACGUAUUAUUACAUUGAGACAAAGGGCAAGCCUGACAUUAAAAAUGCCCACACACUGUCCCCAGACCAACAAGACUUCAUUGACCAAUGCCUCCAAGUGGACAUCACCAAGAGAGCCAGCGCAGUUCAGCUUUUGGGUCAUCCGUUUCUCAUGAAAUCUGGGUCAUUGGAUUUUUUGGAAGAAGCCAUAACUGCUGCACGUGCGGCCAGAGAUAAACAUUUCAAAAUAAACAAAACCAGCUCUUAACUAUUUACAGAAUUGGAAUUCUUACACUCAUAGUAAAUACUCAUUCGAAACAAAGGAUGUGAAAUAUUGUUAUUUUAAUAGGCAACGAUAAAAUGUCUUCUGAAUAGACAAGAAAUAUGUUACUAAGGAAAUCCUAAAGAUCCUCCUAGUGUGUGCUAAACGCCUAGCAGCUUUAUCGUCUCGUCUUCAAAUGUUAUCCCUGGGUUAAGAAUGAUUGGAUGUUCUUUUUUCAGCAGCUCUUGUGUAAUGAUAUGUAAAGCAAGGCUGGGUUAGGGUUAACCAAGGAUCUAGAAUGAGGUACACUAGGAUGUUCUUCCAUUUUGCAUUUUUGAUCAUGAAAGGGGAGAUAACGUGUUUACAUAUUUUCUUAUUGGACACGAUAACAAUAAUAUAAAUAAUAGAACAAAGCCUUGACCAGGUUAAGAAAAAUAAACGACACACAUACUGGGGUAAUGCUUUUUAUUUUGAUUUGCCGUGUAGCUGGGAAUUUCAUUUAGAAAUUAAAAGGGCGACUACCAGUAAAAACAAAAUGUACUGAAUAGUAGUCACCCCUGAAAUGUGUGCCACGCCAAAGAAGUCUGUGAACACCAUUAGCCUAUGACACACACACAGACAGACACCAAACCUUUAUUGGUCUUCAUUCCAUUAAAGAAAAAAAAAUAUCAUGGCGGCUAAAUUUGUAUAGAAAGUAAAAAUUUAACUACUUCAUACUUGACCGUUUCAACCUCCUCCCCCCUGGCCCCAAUCAAGCUGUAAUUUCUCAAAGCAUGCAUUCUGUCUUGUCAUUAUUGUCAAAGAAAACUGUAAUUUACAUAAUUUGUAUCAAAGAUGGCAUAUUUUAUGUAUCAUAACAUUGGCGAACUAAUAUUGCAGACUUGAGUAGAAGUACUAGCUCUGCGUCAUGGGUCGGAUUUGGCUCAGGGGCCGUAGUUCAGACACCAAUUCAUGUCCGCACUGUAUCAUUGGUCACAGAAACUAAUGUUAGAAUACCUAAGAAUACGAGGUAGAGGAAUCAUGUUGUGUUGAUAUUUUUGUUUUGAAUUAGAGAGAUAGACUCAAACAUUUUUAUCAGUAUUUUUUUUAUUUUGUAACUAAUAAAAUAUUAUACAAAUAUUAA